AUGAAACUUAUAGUAUGUAACGAACUUCAAAGUAUAGAUACAACAAAAGUUUUGAACUCGGAUGCUUUGAAGAGUCUUAUAACAGACAAAGUUGGAGUUGUUGAAAGAAAAUAUAAAGACCAAAGAGUUUGUGAAAAUGUUGCAAAUUUCAUUAUGGUUUCAAACAACGCCGUUCCGAUGAAGUUAGAAAGUUCUGACAGAAGAUAUGUAGUUGUCAGAACGUCAGAUUCUCAUAUGCAAGAUACAGAAUAUUUUGACGACUUAGCAGAAACUUUGACACCUAACUUUUACAACCACUUGUUCUCAUAUUUCAUGACAUUAGAUAUUUCUAAGUUCAAUCCAAGACAAAUUCCAUAUACCGAAGAGAGACAAACAUUGUUAGAAGCAAACAAGAGUGUAUAUGAACUGUUUAUAGAUGAAACUGACUUUGAGUGUUUAGAUGAAAGGUCAUUGUACGAUGAAUAUAAACAGUAUUGUCAAGAGUAUGGUUAUAUGACAGCGUCUAAACGAACAUUCUUGGCAAAUGUCAAAAGUCUUUUAGACAUACAGAACGGCGUAUAUACAAAGAAAAAUUUUUCUGAGUAA